AUGGACCAAGACUACACUGUCCACGGACUGGACCCCCAGUCUCAGGCUCUGUUGUUCGAAUGGAACCGCCAUACACCCCCUGCGGUGGACUGCUGCAUCCAUGACCUCAUCUCGCAACAUUGCAAGACACACCCGGACGCUCCCGCCAUCCACGCAUGGGACGGUGAUCUCUCCUACCGGAAACUCGACCACCUGUCUACAACAUUGGCCGCACACCUGGUCCGCAUCGGUGUCGUCCAGGAGCAAUUUGUGCCCGUCUGCUUCGAAAAGUCGCUGUGGGCAGUCGUGGCCUUACUAGCUGUCUCCAAGGCCGGCGGAGCCUUUCUGCUCCUCGAUCCGUCUCACCCCCUCCGACGCAUCCAGGACAUAUGCCGUCAGAUUCAUGCCAGUCUGAUCCUCGCCUCGCCGACACACGCCCCUCGGGCAUCGCAACUAGGAGACUCCGUGGUUACCGUGGAUGGCCCCUUCCUGGCGUCCCUCCCUGGGAGUGAAGUUGUGGGCACACUCCCAACGCAGAUCGCCUUCGACCAGCCUCUCUACGCCGUGUUCACGUCCGGUUCGACCGGCCGUCCUAAAGGUGCCGUGGUGGAACAUCGGUCGAUGAGCUCCGGGGCCACAGCGCAGGUGGAGCGAUUCUCGUUGACCUGGCAGUCUCGCGUCCUCCAAUCCUCGUCCCAUGCCUUUGAUACCUGCAUCGCCGAGAUCCUAUCCACCCUGGUGGCCGGCGGAUGCGUGUGCAUCCCGUCCGAGGCAGACCGCAUGGCCCGAUUGGCGGGAGUCAUUCAGGACCUGCAGGUCAAUUGCCUCCUGUUGACCCCGUCGGUGGCUCGGCUCCUCUCCCCUUCGGAUCUGCCCCGUGGAACCACGAUGGUUCUGGGAGGCGAGCCAGUGGCCCCGGAAGAUCUCCGUGUCUGGCGCGGCCACGUCCAGCUCUUCAACGGAUAUGGUCCCGCGGAGACCACGGUCUAUUCCGCCGCGCAUCGCGUCGACCCUGACGACGAUGACGACGCUCGGAAUAUGGGGUGUCCCCUGGGAAGUCGCGCAUGGGUGGUCGACCCCAGCAACUGCCAAACCCUGCUGCCCGUGGGAGCCGUGGGCGAGCUUCUGAUCGAAGGCCCCAUUGUAUCCCGGGGAUAUUUCGGCCAGCAGGCCCUCACGACGGAGAAAUUCAUCCCCAGUCCGUCCUGGAGACGCCAGUUCCCCAUGUCCCUGGCGUCGCCCCGGAUGUAUCGCACCGGCGACCUUGUCCAGUACGGCGUAGACGGUGGCCUCCGCUACGUGCGCCGCCGGGACUUGCAGGCCAAGCUGCGAGGUCAGCGACUCGAACUGGGCGAGGUCGAAACCCAUGCUCGAUCUCAGCUUCCUCAUACCCGUCAGGUUUGGGCUGAGGUGAUGACGCCUUCCAACGGGGCGCCGUUUCUAGGGCUCUUCGUCCAUGUCCCUGAACCGGAUUCCACCGGCAGCAGCAGCAGCAGCAGCAGCAUUCUGGCUCCCCCGACUGAGCAAUUCGGCAAGCAAGUCCAACGGGCAGUGAUGGGGAUGCGCAGUCAAUUGCCCACAUAUAUGGUCCCCACGGCCUUCUUUCCCCUGCGUCGAGUUCCUCUCAAUUCUAAUAGCAAAGCAGACCGUGCGGAGCUGCGCCGGCAGUGCGAGCUUCUCUCCUCCGUCUCGCUAGAGGAAUAUAGCUUCUGUUCCUUCUUGCACAGUCGAUCCUCCAAACGGGCACCCGUCACCGAGACGGAGAAGACCCUUCAGCGCAUUUGGGCCGAGAUUCUACGCCUGCCGAGGGACAGAGUCGGCAUCGACGAUCCAUUCUUUGCCAUCGGGGGCGACUCCCUGACCGCCAUGAAGAUGGUCCAGCAAGCCCAUGCGCAGGGACUGCCCUUUCUCUCGGCAUCUCGUUCGUUUUCGGGAGCCACUCUGGCGGAGUUAGCACAGGGACAGAAUGACCACCGUCCUGGUCAACAACAAUCAGAACCACCAAACUUGGCCAGCCCCUGCGCGCUGGACGACCUGCAGCUCGGCCAGGCCGAGUCCCUGGUUUGCGACAACGUGGAGAGAAUUCUUCCCACGACGGACUUCCAGCGGGACUGGCUCAUGGCAGAGCACAAGACGCAUUUCUCCUGCUGGUUCCCAGAGCCGGUGGAUGCCGAUCGUCUACAGCAUGCUUGUCAGGCCCUCGUCAAUCGCCAUGCGAUCCUCCGCACACUCUUCUUCCCCCACCGCGGGGAGAUGAUCCAGGUGAUUCUGUCGCAGCUAGAGAUUCCCCUACGACAGUAUCGCGUCCAGGGCCAGUCUCUAGAGGACUUCCUGCAGGAUUUCUGCCAACGCGAUGUGGUGACGCCUCUGCCCUCGGAGGAACCCUAUUUCCAAGUUUCCCUGGCGUCGUCUGCCAGCCCAGCCCAGAAUCAGCACCUCUUUAUCAUCCGACUCAACCACGCCCAGUUUGACCGUCUCAUGCUAGAUCCCCUCCUGGAGGAACUCGGCGUCUUGUACCGGGGAGAGCAAGCAACGGCCCCACCCGCCGUGGACUAUCCUCGCUACUUACAGUACCGUUGGGCGCAGACCACGCCUGCAGCUGAGGAUUUCUGGAGAAACUAUCUCCAGGGAAGCUGCAUGAUUCCAUCCGAGCGUCUGGGAGCCGAUAACCCAGCCAUGGCCCAGAACAAGAACUCCUCCCGGUCGAUGAUCAUGUCCUCUGGAGACUUUCCCUUCAAGGCUCCGCCGCCGGGAAUCACCACGGCCACCGUCAUCAAAGCCGCAUGGGCACUGGUCCUGAUGCGUCUGACGCAGCAGUCCGACGUCGUCUUCGGACACCAUGUCAACGGGCGUUCUGUGUCGGUCCCGGGAGGCCUGGAUAGUGUCAUGGGCCCAUGCAUGAAUACCAUUCCUAUUCGUGUCCGGUUCCCGACCUCGUCGUCAUCGUGGACAGUGCUGGAUCUGCUACAGCACGUACACGACCAAUACGCGGGCACGAUCGACUAUGAGAUGCUGGAGCCUAGGCAUAUCGUCUCUCACUGCACUGCCUGGCCUAAGGGCACCGGUUACGGAACCACGGUGACUCUUGAAAUCCCGGAGCCGUUUCAGAUUUCGCUGGAUGGACAGCCCCGGACAGUGGAUAUUCGGUUUAUCCCGAUGCGGGAGGAGAUUUAUCAGACGAUGGAAUGGCCGGUCAUGCUUAUGGUGUAUCCGUAUUCCUCCUCGGUUAACGUUCUGUUGGCGUCCUCGAGCCAUAUCAUGUCUCACAGGCGCUCUGACUGGUUGUUGAAGAAAUUCGGUGAAGCGGUGGAGAGUUUGGGACAGGUAGACAGUGCACUGGAUCUUUCGCCGUAUCCAGGGCUGGUUGAGUGUGUACCUCCUAAUUAG